UUCACGGUACAUCAUGAUGCCAAGUGCUGUUCUGUCCAGCCUAUCUUUUCCUCAGGGAGUGGGAUUGGUAUUGGCUAUGGUAUUAUAUCCCGACCGUGAGAGGAAAAUGGUGAUAUUAAUAGUGUUGACAGCUGGUCGCGUAUAUGACUGGCGUGGCCAUCUACCGGAUCUACUUCCACCCACUGUCCAAGUAUCCCGGGCCCAAGUUGGCCGCUGCAACCCGUCUGUGGUGGUUACGUCAACAGCUGAGCGGACGCUUCCCGUUCGUAGUGCACGAGCUGCAUCUACAGUACGGCGAUAUUGUGCGGAUUGCACCGACGGAGCUCUCCUUCACGGGUGCCGACGCCUGGAAGGAGAUCUAUGGCUUCCGCAACGGGUUGCCCGAGAACCGCAAGGAUCCUGGCGAGAACACAGACGCAGAUAAAGCACAUCCGACCAUUAUCAAUGCUGACCGCAAGACCCACGGAGAUCUACGGAAGUUGCUUUCCAACGCCUUCUCCGACAAGGUGCUCCGGGGACAAGAGCCGGUGUUGCUGCAUUAUAUUGAUCUGCUAAUCCAGCGUCUCCAGGAGGUGGCAGACAAGAGAGAGCCAGUUGAUAUUGUCCGAUGGUUUAACUAUGUCACAUUCGAUAUCAUCGGCCACCUGGCCUUUUACGAACCGUUCGAUUGCCUCCAGAACACCGAGUACCACCCAUGGAUGUCAAUGAUCUUCAACGCGAUCGUGUACGUGCACUAUAUCCGCAGUCUACAGCGGUUCAUCGAUAUCCGGUCGAUUAUCCUGGCGCUGAUGCCCGCCCGCAUCGUGAAACGGCGCGCGUGGCAUAUCGGCCUGGUGGAGGAGAAGGUGAAACGGCGGCAGCAGCGCCAUCCGGACUAUAUCGACUUCAUGAGCCAUCUGCUGCAGGCAGAAGAAAAGGGCCAUCUCACCCUCCCGGAUCUGGUGGCCAACGCCAACCUCAUGGUUAUCGCCGGCAGCGAGACGACUGCCACAAUCCUGUCGGGAACAGUAUAUUACCUGUGCACGCAUCCACGCGUGAUGAGCAAGUUGGUGGAAGAAGUGCGGACUGCAUUCCAGGCCAGUCAUGAGAUCAACAUCUCGCGCAUCAGCCAGCUCAAGUACAUCAACGCCGUCCUCGAUGAAUCGUUCCGCCUGUAUCCACCUGCCGCAGGGAGUCACCCACGCAUCACUCCGCCUGAGGGGGCGCGCAUUCUAGGUCAAUGGCUUCCAGGAAAUACCUCCAUGGGCAUGGCCCAGUACGCUGUCUUUCGCUCCCCGGCCAACUUUAAGGACCCCGAUCGGUAUCUCCCUGAACGAUGGCUCGAUACAGAUGGGCCCUAUGCCAACGAUCGACGUGAAGCACUGCAGCCGUUUUCUUUUGGGCCACGCAACUGCAUCGGACGGAACCUGGCGAACAUCGAGAUGCGACUCAUUCUGGCGAAGAUUCUGUGGCAUUUCGAUAUCGAAUUGAUGCCAGAAUGUCGCCACUGGCCGCAGGAGCAGUACAUCUACACUUCGUGGGAGAAGAUUCCGCUCAAAGUUCGUAUUACGAGUAGAUAAGGUAAAUACUGUACUUACCAAGUUCAAAUACCACAAACGAAUACGCCG